AUGGUUCGGAAAGCUGAAAAGAAGGAGCUUCGAAAGCAGCGUCACAUAGUGCGCAAUAAUCUACAAUGUUUUGAGGAUGUGCAGUCGUCUGCUGCAGUGGACACCACUGCUAUCUGGGCACCAGACAAUGAUAUUAAUAUGCAAAGGUCAUCACCUCAACAACUCCCACCAAUAGACCACGACGUAGCAUUAUCCGACUCCCACAAUGCUGGUCCUGACUUCGAUGAUGCUGAUCACGGUCCCAAUGAACCAGCUCAGGAGCUCGAUGAUAUUCGAGUUGAAUACCAUCCUCACAGCCAACUCCCUUCCACUACACAUCGCUUGUCCGAGUUCUCCCGUAGCUGCCCGACAGAGGAUUAUGUACCUCAUAACAACUCACCAUGGGAGCCCUUUCGCACGCAGCUUGAUUUUGAGAUUGCACUCGAAGCUGCCAUGACGAAGGAUCAGACCAAUUGA